GAGCGAGUGGCCUUCUACGGCAUCACCUCCAACCUGGUGCUCUUCCUCAACGGGCCUCCCUAUGACUGGGAGGGUGCCCAGGCCAGCCAGGCCCUGCUGCUCUUCAUGGGCAUCACCUACCUGGUGUCACCUUUCGGUGGCUGGUUGGCUGAUGCCCUCUUGGGCAAGUUUGGCACCAUCCUGCUCAGCAUGGCGCUCUACCUGCUGGGCAUGCUGGCCUUCCCCGUCAUCGCCGCACCGCACACCCGCCAGGGCCUCUGUGGGGACAUCCCCUUGUUCCCCGUAGAGAACUGCUCCUCUCCAGCGGGCAACGCCACCAUGGCACCUUGCUCCCAGGUGGGAGCCACCCGCUACUGUGCCACCGCCACCUUCGUCGGACUGGUCCUCGUGGGGCUGGGCGUCGGGUCAGUCAAGGCCAACAUCACCCCUUUUGGGGCAGACCAGGUCAAAGAUCGAGGUCCAGAAGCCACAAGAAGAUUUUUUAAUUGGUUUUAUUGGAGCAUUAACUUGGGAGCUAUUCUCUCUCUGGGAGGCAUUGCAUACAUUCAACAGAAUGUGAGCUUUGUUGUUGGAUAUAGUAUCCCAACAGUUUGCAUUGGGAUUUCAUUCAUGGUUUUCUUAUGUGGUCAGAGUUUCUUCAUCACAAAACCGCCUGAUGGUAGUGCCUUCACAGACAUGUUUAAAAUUCUCGCAUAUUCUUGUUGCUCAAGAAAGAGACAUGUGGAACAUUCAGCCAAUAGUGAAGGCCAGGGAGUACUUCAGCAACCUCGCAAGCAAAGCCUCUUUGAGAUGGCCAAGCUGUCUCGUGGGGGCCCAUUCAGAGAAGAUAAAGUAGAAGACGUGAAAGCUCUUGUCAAGAUUAUCCCUGUCUUUUUGGCUUUAAUACCUUACUGGACAGUGUAUUUUCAAAUGCAGACAACGUAUGUGUUGCAGAGUCUCCAUCUGAAAAUUCCUGAGAUAUCAAAUGACACCAACUCUAUUCAUACGUUUCCAGCAGCCUGGCUGACGAUGUUUGAUGCUGUGCUUAUUCUGAUCCUAAUACCCUUAAAAGAUAAAUUGGUGGACCCCAUUUUAAAGAGGCAUGGCUUGCUCCCGUCCUCACUGAAGAGGAUUGCAGUUGGAAUGUUCUUUGUAAUGUGUUCUGCGUUUGCUGCAGGAAUUCUGGAAAGCAACAGACUGAAAAUUGUAAAGGUCAAAACAAUUAACCAGACAAUUGGAAAUGUUACGUACCAUGCUGCAGAUCUGCCGAUAUGGUGGCAGAUUCCUCAAUAUGUGCUGAUUGGAUUCAGUGAAAUAUUUGCAAGUAUAGCAGGUCUAGAAUUUGCAUAUUCAGCUGCUCCCAAAUCUAUGCAGAGUGCUAUUAUGGGGCUGUUUUUUUUCUUUUCGGGGAUUGGAUCGUUUGUUGGCUCUGGAUUGCUGGCACUGGUGUCUAUUAAAGAAAUUGGCUGGAUGAGUAAUCACACAGAUUUUGGUAACAUUAAUGGCUGCCAAUUAAACUAUUAUUUUUUCCUGCUGGCUGCUAUCCAAGGAGCAACCCUCUUGCUGUUUCUCAUUGUUUCUGUGAAAUACGACCAUCAGAAGUCAAAGGUUAAUGAAGUUGCUGCCAAUGGGAGGAUCUGAUACCUGUUACAGAGCAGACUUUGUUACAGCAGCACACGAGGAAGUGGCAGCGCACUCCGAGUCUGCGAGAUCUUACCUUUUCUCCAGUGAGGCUCUUACUAGACUUGCAUGUUACAAGAGCUCUCGCCCCUGCCCCGCUCUCCUGUACCGUAGGUAAGUGCCUUAUGUUGGCAGGGCUCAUUUAUUGCACUACGUCCUGGAGGAGGACAAACCCAAACCUUGGAAGUGUGUGAACUCUAGGCAUUCAAGUCGCUCUUUGUUACUCGUGAGAUGUUUACUUAACUCUUCAAAGUUGGGACACUUGCACUUGGAAAUG